CGGUCGCGGCUGCGUCCGCGCCACGCCCAGCGGCGGCCGCCCGCCAAGAUGGCGGAGUACGUGCGGGUGCUGAGGCGGGCGCUGCAGCAGCUCGGGGGUCAUGGCGGCCUCCGCGGCGCCCUCUGGCAGCUGCUCAGGGUCAACGAUUUGAAGAUAGGUGCCCUAGUAGGUGUUGACAAAUAUGGAAACAAAUACUAUGAAGACAAAAAGUAUUUUUUUGGUCGUCAUAGAUGGGUUGACUAUACUACUGAAAUGAAUGGCAAAAAUACAUUCUGGGAAGUGGAUGGAAGCAUGGUGCCACCGGAAUGGCAUUGUUGGCUUCACUGCAUAACUGAAGACCCUCCAACUACUCAUCCACCAGCUGCUCGUAAAUUCAUUUGGGAGAACCACAAAUUCAAUCUGAGUGGCACUCCUGGGCAAUAUGUCCCUUUCUCUACAACGCGUAAAAAGAUACAGGAGUGGGUCCCACCUACGACUGCUAACAAAUAAUUGAAAAGCCUGACUUGCCUAAAACUAGGUUCUCAAUGUGAACUGUACCUUCAUUGUUUGGUUGGUUUAAAAUAAAAGCCUCUGACAAAAGUAAAA